CCGCGGGGGCGGGGCGCGGGGCUUGCGGGCCUUCCCUGCCGGGCAGCGAGGCGCGGAGCGGCCCCAGGCGUCCGGGCCCCAGCCCCUGCUCCCAUCCCCAGGUGGACCCAGGGGUCCCGGUGCCCAGCCCUUGGUGGACCCAGGUGUUGGGGCCUCCAGCCCCCUGCUCCCAUCCCCAGGUGGACCCGGGGUCCUAGUGCCUGGUGCCCAGCCCCUGGUAGAUGCAGGUGUCCAGACCCCAGCCCCUGCAUCCAUCUCCUGGUGGACCCAGGCGUCCGGGUGCCCAGGCCCUGCUCCCAUCCCUUGGCCAGAUGCCCAGGCCUCCAGCCCCUGUUCCCAUCGCCUGGUAGACCCAGGUGUCCGGGUGCCCAGCUUUCCCCCUUCCACCCAGGAAUCACCCAUGCUCCUUGUCCUGGCAGGACAGGCCGGGGCCUGUGAGGUCUGUGUGACAGCUCUGUGGUGCCCACAGCCCCUGCCACGCUGCAGCCAUGGCGCUGCUGAGGGCCCUGGUGUGUGCGUCAGAGAAGGCGGCGUGCAUCGCCCAGCUGUGCCGCCAGGAGGAUGCGCUCUUCCAGCUGCUGGUGGAGGAGAAGACGGGCGCUGACAAGAACAAGAGGUUCGUGCAGGACUUCAAGACACUGGCAGACGUCCUUAUCCAGGAGGUCAUCAAACAUGACGUGGGAGCUGAGUUCCCGGCGCUGCAGGGACAUAUCUUCGGGGAGGAGUCCAACAAGUUUGAGAAUGGCUUGGGGGAGACCCUGGUGGUUCAGGUCUGUGGCACUGAGUGCGACACAGCUGCCCUCCUGGCCCGUGUCCUGGACCACAACCAGGCAGCCGCGGACCUGCUGGCAGCUGCCGUGCACCAGGAGGUGCCGCUGGAGGACCCAGCGCUGGCGGCCGUGGCUGUGGCUGUCUCACCGGAGAGCAUGGCUAUCUGGAUAGACCCCAUUGACUCUACCAACCAAUACAUCCGUGGCCGGGGCGACGUGGCACCUGUGGGGGGCAUCUACCCGUCGGGGCUGCGAUCUGCCCUGGUGCUUAUCGGUGCCUAUGACCGGCAUUCAGGGGAGCCCGUUCUGGGCGUCAUCAAUGAGCCUUUCUACCGUCAGGACCCCCUCACCCACCGGUGGCAGGGCAAGUACCACUGGGGGGUGUCAUACCAGGGCACCCGCCUGUGCUCCCUGCCGUGCCCACCGCUGCGGCCUGACCCUGCUGCAGUGCUGAGUGGCAGCGAGAAGCCAGAGGUGCAGCAGGCACUGGCUCCACUCUAUGGAGGGCGGCUGCGCUUUGCCUCAGGCGCUGGUUACAAGAUGCUGUGCGUCAUCCUGGGCCUGGCCGAGGCCUACGUGCUCUCCGAGGGCAGCACUUUCAAGUGGGACUCGUGCGGCCCCCAUGCCGUGUUGCGGGCACUGGGCGGGGGCAUGGUGGACCUGGGGGCUGCACUGGCAGGCUGGCGGGCCGGCCGGCAUGGCCCCCCGCCGCAGCUGACCUACCACCGGGCUGCAGGUGGCGCCGCAGGGGCUGAGCGCUGGGCUAACCACGGCGGCCUCGUGGCCUUCACACACCCUGAGCACCUGCCGGCCGUGCUGUAUGCACUGGCAGCUGCUCCCGGGCUCUGAGCCCUGGCAUGGGGGCUGGUGCCAUGGGUCCAGGGGGCAUGGUGGGGCUCAGCUGCAGUGUUGCGGCCCCGUGGGGAGCUCCUAGGUGGCCCCCAGACCAGCCCCGUGGAUCGGUUGCUCCAUUAAAUGCCGGUUGCCUGAA